UUUAAAUAAAACAGAUUAUGAUAGUUCUGCGCAAAUGUGCCCAGCGAGGAUGCUCGUGAACAACCCCACACCACAGACCCUCAUGAUGACCGUCCCUCUUAUGUAGCCUACUUUUUUUUUGUGUGGAAAAUAUCUAUUUAAUUGCAAAAAAGAGAAAGAAAUCAUUCAAAUGUUCGAUAUUAAGCACGUAAUUCGUCUUUAGGCAGCUAUUGUUGGGAACGAAUCAGAUUCCCGUUUGUUGAGAAGCAGCUGUUGCCAUAGUAACAUAAAGACAACACAGCCGCCGCCUUCUCUUGACACAACGGCUGGCAACGACGCGUUAUCUUAAAAAAAUACAUAAAUUACACUAGUUUUUGUCAAUAAGACAAGAUGACUCACAGACAGACCAUUUCUUAUCCAGAAGAUAAGUGGCCAUAGUCAUAUCCAGCUCUCAACGGGACAAAUGAAAUGUUCCUGCGACCAGCAAAUGAAUAAAGAAGAUGUUUAGUGAGUUGAUAGUGUCAUGGAGAAAUAUGAUAAAGUCCUGACUCUUGGCAGAGGAGGAGCAGGUGUUGUGAUGUUAAUGAAACAUGUCGAUACAAAGAAAUUAUGUGCAGUCAAGAGAAUACAUGUGGACAGUUCCCGAAAAACAAAGACCAAAGAUGUUGUGUUGCAAGAGGCUGAUAUUCUCAGGAGCUUGAAGCAUCCUCAUAUUAUAACAUGGAUUGACACUUUCUUUGACACGACUAAUGAGCAUAUUUAUAUUGUUAUGGAUUAUUGUGAUGGUGGAACACUGGACGACCACAUUAAAGAGCAGAAGAGUGGCGAAUACUUUGCAGAAUGCAAAAUUAUGGACUGGUUUGUGCAAGUAGUCAUGGCCGUCAGUUAUAUCCACUCAGAAAAGAUCCUUCACAGAGAUAUCAAGCCUUCCAACGUGCUGUUAACCAAGAGAGGUGUGAUAAAGCUUGGAGAUUUUGGAAUAUCAAAGAUUAUGAACCACACACUCGAUAUGGCCUCCACUUGUGUGGGAACCCCUAGCUAUCUGAGUCCUGAACUCUGUCAGGAUGUCCCAUACAGCACCAAAUCUGACAUAUGGGCUGUUGGCUGCCUGCUAUAUGAGCUUUGUGCCCUCAAACCAGCUUUUGAAGCUAAAAAUCUCCUGAGUCUGUUUUACAAGAUAAUAAAAGGAGAGUACAUCAAGAUCCCCCAGAGAUAUUCAGAAGACCUUCACACAUUAAUCGAGAAAAUGCUGUCCUUGGUUCCUGAGAAUAGGCCGAGUGCGAGCAGCAUACUUAGCGUGACCUAUAUGCAAGAACAUCUGGGAAACUUCAUCUCGCAUCAGGAGAAGGAACUUACAAAGGUGAAUGCUGAAUCCAGACCUCAAACAAAAGACGAUUUUAAUGGAGAAAUGGCAUUUGUGGAAAUCAGAACAGAUAGUGCCUCAGCCGUCUCUGACAAGACGCUCCAAACAGAGACAUCACGCAGUGCUGAGGAGGAAGUGGCCCAUGAAGGAACAGAGUCUGAUUAUUCAGAGGACUUUGACGAACAUGAUAGCUAUCCCUCCUCAGAGGAUGUUUCGAGGGAAGAUGUGUCCUCCAGCCUUGCCAAUGUGGCUGAAGAGGCUUUUGAGGAAUCUAGUGUUGUGUCUGAAGAUGAAGACAUCUCUGACUAUCCAGAUGACUUUGAAGAAGCUGAGGAUGAUGACCUGGCUGAAGUGGUCAGCUACGCCAGAGAUGCCAUUAACUGUGUUUCAGAGAAUGACGCGUUUGAUGUGGAACUGGAGCUCAAAGAUGCAGGCGGUUUCUCUGUCACAAUGAAAGUGUUAAAAGGGAAAUACAUGGAAGAUGUUGGCGUCUCGGUCUAUGAGGAAAUCAGCGGGCACUUUCUAAAUGGCCUCACGCCAGAGGACCUGGAGCCACAAUUCCAGCACAUGAUCGGGACAGACCAUCUGGAGACCUGCUACCUCAUUUUCAACCUUGACCAAGAGACCACAUGCUGAAUCAUGUCUGUUCAAUUUAGAGAAAGUAGUUUCUAAUGAUUCUCUAAUGGUGAACCUCAGCAAGUGCUGGAAUUAGAGUAUAUUAAAUACAGCGUUUUGUAAUAUAUGUAAUCAUACAUUAAUUAUAAUUAAUAUUUUGAAAUAGUGAGGUCUUGUAGAUAUUUAACAUCAAGAAAAUGGAACGCUUGCACUAACAAUUCAGUACUUCUUUGAAAAUGUUACCUUGUUUAAACAGUAGGUGGCACUCUACAGUAAGAAAUUGUGUAGUCUUGCUUUAACAUACCAAUCCAAAAAAUGAGGAUAUCAUAGUCUCCCAUCUUGACACUAUUAGUCACAUUCACAGGGACUGAAGUAUAAAACUGCUGGAUUUUAAAUUUACUAUAUAGUGAAACCAGAAAUUCAUUAUAUCAGUGGCGCCCAGUCAACUAUUUUUUCAAGUGAUUUAACCUAUUUUUUCUGCCCAGGCUGAGAAAUGAUCUCUUAACAUAUCCGUUAAACAAUGCUUGUAAAUGAAAAAGUAGUGGAGAAUAUCAUGUGAACAUUUCCUGCUGUGAUUUCACUGCACUAUUGCAAUGUAAAACAGAAGACAUUUGCUGAAUUUGUAAAUUUAUGGGCCACAGCUGCAGUUGUUUUCCACUUAAGGCGUUUUCCCUUAAACUUGUCCAAAUUAUUCCAAUAGGGAAUUAGUCAGUGUGAUCGAGAAACUGCCAUGUGUAACUGUCUGAAUGACCCUGUAUUGUAUUUCUUUUAAGAAUGUUCACAAUCUGCCUUUAGAGGAAAGUGUGUUAUCAAGCCAGCGUUAGCAUGGGAAAGCUGCAUCAAUUUUUUUUGCCAGUAUAAGAUGACAUAGAUGUCCUCACAUAAUGAGGUUUUGGCUGUAGAUGAUCUUCGCAUUUUGUUUUAAUAUCUCUAUAAAUGAAAAAACUAAAUUGUAUUCAUUACACUUAGAGACAGACUCUCAAAAUUGGAUCAGUCCCAGGUAGGGUCUGUUUUCUGUUUACAAACUUAAAAAACUUAGGUUAACUGCUGUAAAGAAAAACAACUCAGAACAUUAAAAAUGUAAAGUCAUUCCCACAAAAUACAUUUAUUUUUCAUGUUAUGUCCUGGAAAGAGUAAAACACGGCCUGAGGAGUCAUUCAGGAUAGAGCUUUAAAAAUUUUUCCAUAAGCCCGAUGGAUUGCAGUGUGUUUCUUUAUUUAUCUGUCUAUGCAUUUGUAUGAGUGGAUGAAAGACCAGAAUAGAUGCAGACAGGCCUGAGACCGCUUUGAGUAGCAAUCACCUCUGUGCCUUGUCACUUUAAAACCUGUCAAUAUUUCAUCCAUAGUAAAACUAGGGACUGGAAGAGCUUGUCACUUGUGUCUUCAGGGCUUUGUACUAAGUUUGAUGCAUUAUUGAUUGAUUGCUGCAUGAGUGCUCCACCCUUCAGCUCAAAUGCGCUUUCUUCUUGCUUUUUUUGUUUGCAUAUUAUUCAAAAAUGAGGCUAGGGUCCUAAUUAAGAGUCUUUCUUUGUUUUCGAGUUGGAGUUUGUGACACGCAU